GAACUCAUGGCAUUGUGCUUGAAGAAUCUAGAAGAGAGAAAAGAGGAAGAAGAUGGCAACAGAAGGACCAUAGAGCAGGCUGUGAAUGAUGUGAAGGCACAUGCUGAUAUGAUUAAACGGCAGCUGUCAGAAAAAAUGACUGAGCUUCAGUUACUUCUUCGGGAUGAAGAGAGUCUGGCAAAAAUCUUCAUUGAUGAAAAGACUCAGCAAGCUCUGGGAACACAUGAUCAGCAUUUGAGGUCCUGUGAAGGACAGUUGGAAGCUCUCGAGACCUUCACACGUCGAAUCAGACAAAUACAACAGGACAGUGAUCCUAUUAAUUUGCUGGAGAAGUACACAGAAAUUGAGAAGGAAAUUAAGGAAUCCAGACACCCAUUAGAAAAGUGGCAUCCAAUACCGCUCUCGUUUGAACACUUACUUAACCAUUAUAAACACUUCGUCAGAGCUCUGCAGUCCAUUCUACAGAAACCAUUGGAUGCCCGGCUUAAAGAAGAUGUUUUCAGUAGCCUUAAUCCCACUGCAAAGAAGGAGCCUGGAACAGUGCUGAAAACCAUGACUCCUGUUGAUCGGUUGCUUUUCUUAAAACAUGCAAGAUCACCAACCUGGGAACAUGACAGCAUUCACCCAAGACUGAAAUUGUCAGAAGACCGUCUUGAAGUAAGCUGCAGCUGGAGGAGAAUACUCUACCCCUGUAGUCCCCAGAGAUUUGAUAAAUUAUGGCAAGUGCUAAGCAGAGACGCAUUCCUUUCUGGGAGCCAUUACUGGGAAGUUGACCUGCGUUGUGCUGGACAGGGAUGGUGGAUUGGCGCAGCCUACCCGACCAUUGGCAGGAAAGGAGACUCUGAAGCCUGUCGACUGGGCUGGAAUAGAGCAUCUUGGUGCCUUAAGAAAUUUGAUUUUGAAUACUGGGCAUUUCACAAGGGAGAGAGAAUUCCCAUCCUGGUAGAAGAUGAUCCUGAUUGCAUUGGCAUUUUUCUAGAUUAUGAAGCAGGAAUCCUUUCAUUCUACAAUGUUAGCGAUGGCAUGGCUCAUUUACACACCUUCUGCUGCAAGUUCACAGAACCAGUUUAUCCAGCCCUGAGACUCUGGGAAGGGUCCAUUAGAACAUGCAAACUAACAUAAGAAACAAAGCCUACUAGUUCAUGCUUUUUCUGCUAAUGCCAUUUCAGCAAUUUUCUACAUGAAUUCAUCUCUGUUGUAUCAAAGUUGUAAUUAUGAUGCUUUUAGAAGGUAACAUAAGUUUAGGAAAACCAACUGUGAUUUUUAAUGUGUAUUUUUUUUCAAUGAAGGAAGGUGACCUCACUUUUAUAAAUUAUGUUGAUAUACCACUCAAAGUGCAGUAUAUAGUAUUACUGUGCUUUUUUCAAAUUGUAACAGUAAGUUCAAGAAAAUCAACUGUAUUUUUUUAAUGUAUAGGUGUUUUUCAAUGGGGAAAGAUUAUUUGAGUUAUAAAUGGUGUUGCUGUACCACCUGAAGUGCCGUAUGUAGUAUUUUUCAACUUGCAAAAUGGAAGAAGUCAGGUUGAAAGAUACAUAUUACAACCCAGACUGGAACAUGGAUAUUGACUUUUUGAAAUUUUUUUUAAUGAACUCCCUUCCCUUAUCAGCCUGGAGAGGCUGCAAUUGUGUAUGGCAACAGGUUUAGUUUGGUUCAAGCUUCAAGAUUUUAUACCGCAUAUUGUUAUCAUUGACAAGGUCAGAUUUGGAUAAUAAAUGCACUAAGUAAAUUAGCUCCUAUUUAAGUGUCAGCUUGGAAAAAUCAAGUCUGGCCCUGACUCUUGGAAAGGUCCCUUCUGAAACUGGAGCUUCUGUGGCCACAUUUAAUAGUCACUAGCUGGUCUUACAUGUGACAGAAGCUCUGAAUUGGACUUCUGGGUGGCCCUAUUCUUUCCAUUGAGUGAUAGCAUGAGAAAAAGCUGUGUACAACCCCUAGGAGGAUGAAAUGUCUGCAGGGCUCACAGGUGCAAUGAAAACACCAGGCCAGAGGUGCAUCUGUGGCCCAUUUAUGUUUGUGUCCAAUUUGCAACAUUCACGUAAAACUAGGGGACACAGCUUGCAAUUUUCUGUAUAUGCAUGUCUUCCGCCCCAUCAAUACAUUAAUUGAAGUCCUGGACAUUUCUGGAGCUUUUGCUUACAGCAGUCUCCAGGACCAGCCUAGAGUGAAAAACCACUGCUACUUGAAACUGGUCAGGUAAUGUUACAGUGUUCAAACACUAAAGGCCCUGCAUCACCAGUGCUGGCAAAGGCAAGGUCUGACCAUAGCCUGAAAUGCAGAAACAAGAGCUUGUUUUAUAAGCUAAAUUUAUUUUUCAAAUUUAAAAUGAAAAAAAAAUCUUUUAACAAUUAAGUAUUUUUUAAUGUAAGGCAAGCAUACUGCAUCAGUCACAGAUCAUAUAUAGUGAAGUAUAGGACUCAACCUCUGCUUCCCCAUUUAAAGAUAUGAAUACAGUUUCCUCAGAAUUGCACAUUUUGAAAGUAAAUAGUUUACAGGUACAAAACCACUCACCACCAAAUUCCAGAUACUUCAUCAACUCAUGACAAAAAGGUAGCAAGUUCCAAGUAACCAUCACUAGUAAAUGAUUCCACCACAGAACAAAAGCAGAUUAAGUAUUGCAAAGCAGUUCUGUCCUAAGCAAGGUAGUUGAAGAAUUAAUGGCUUAAGGCUGCUGCCAUACAGCUCCCUUCUGGUCAAAGGGAAAACCAGCAGGCAAUACGAGUGGUAUUGCAUUUCUCAAAUGAAAAAUGAGAAGCUGGGACGCAAGAGCAGACCACACAAAUCAUGUACUGACUGUCAUGUUGAAGCACAACGGUGUAAAUGUAGUCAGGCAGUCAGCCUCAGCCAUCUCCCAACACACCAGUGUUGGGAGAAAAAUCCCAAUGUAGAGGAUUCUGGUUAGGACAGAAAAAAAAAAA